UUCCGGGUGCAGGUCAGGCCAGAGGCUGCUCUUGGUUUCUUAGGACCUGUUCUGCGCGCGGAGACUGGCGACACCAUCAACGUUGUCUUCAAGAACAUGGCCUUCCAGGCCAACCGCAACUUCAGCGUGCACCCGCACGGCAUCCAGUACAACAAAAAUUCCGAGGGUGCCCUGUACGUCGAUCAAACAACGGGCCGCGACAAAGCAGACGACGGAGUCAGUCCCGGAGCCACAUUCACCUACGUGUGGCGGGUGCGCCCACCUUUGCCCCCACACCCGACGAUGGCCCCUGCUUGCCCUGGGUCUACCACUCCCACGUCAUGCCCACCAGGGACGUCGACAGCGGCCUAGUGGGGCUUCUUCUUACCUGUAAAACAGGGACGCUGCAGACGACCGGCCCUCGCCGUGGACAGCGCGGGGACGUGGCGAAGGAGUUCGUCUUGUACCUGGACACCACGGACGAGAAUGACAGUUGGCUGUCGCAGGUCAACCUCAACCGUUGUGGUGACCCCGCAGCCUGCACGCAGCUCAGUCAAAGCAAGAAUCCGGAUUUCGUGAAGACCAACAAGAUGUCCCAUAUCAACGGACGCGUGUACGGUAACCUGGAGGGGCUGGAGGUCAGCCAGGGGGAGACUGUGGCCUUCUACCUCUUCUCUGUCAACCGCGGCAUCACGAGUGUCCAGUUCAGCGGGCAGGUCCUUAAAGUCAACAACCACAUAGUUGAUUCUAUCAUCCUUUUUCCUGCAACUUUUGUGACUGCCAUAAUAACGCCCCCUUACGUCGGGAACUGGUUGAUAGCCACUAGAAAUGUGGACACCUUCCUCGCCGGACAGCAAGCUUACCUUCGUGUCAAGGAAGCGUUUCCAUGGCGAGGUGUGUCGAGGAGGCGACGUCAUGCUGACCACUACAGUCCGGCUCUGUCAGACCCUGAGCUGACUGGUCUAUCCGCUUUCUAUGAAAGACAUGUUCAUCAUCCCAUCAGGGUUCCAUGGACACGGAAGUACUACAUUGCCGUAGAAAAAUACACUUGGGACUACGCACCCUCUGGACAAGACCUGUUCAACGGGGGACCAUUGACAAGGCCCGGCAGUCUCGCGGCCCCUUACUUCACUCAAGGUACGCAGAGGAUUGGCGGCAGGUACAUCAAAGCCCGCUACGUGGAGUAUACCGACAGCACCUUCAAGGUGCUCAAGUCACGUGACGACAGCACGGAGCACCUGGGCAUGCUGGGACCGGUCAUCAUGGCGGAAGCCGGCGAGACAGUGGAGAUACGCUUGAAAAACAUGGCAGACAGGACCUUACUCCUUCUUUCCUCACGGCGUGCUCUUCUCCAAGGAGAAUGAAGGCUUCCUCUA